UAUAGUUAUAACUAUACGAUUGAUGGUACAUCUCUUCUACGCGUUCAGUAACAUGAAGACUUAAGAGUAAUAAUAAGUCAUGACUUGAAAACAACUGCGCACUGCAACUCAGCUGCUGUCAAAGGUUUUCGUGCGUUAAGGUCACUUUCCCGAGUAUUGAAUCGCUUUGAUGAGGAAAUGUUUGCAAUUGUAUAUUCCAGCAGCAAGCUCAUAUCUGAUAAAGGAUACUAACUCACUUGAGCGUGUUCAGCAUGUGGGAGCGGAAGUAGUCAACGAUCGUUUUAAAUUCCCUUACGACGAGCGCUUAAAACGGCUAAAUCUUUUCCCUUUGUUGCAUCGUAGGAUACGAGGUGUCAUUAUGUCCUAUCUUUUUGCUCCCUUCAGCCUUAAUAAUCUCCGGGGACAUAGCAGAAGGGUUCCCAAACCACGAUCUAAUAAACUUAAAGUGGGGUCCCGCAUAUCUCAUCGAGUAACCAGUGACCGGAACGCCUUACUCGAUCAAGUGGUAUCAGCCAAAUCAAUGCAUGUUAUCAAAGAGAAGCUAGACCUUAAAUGGAAGGCAAUUUGUCAGGAUUAACACUGGUUCACUAACCUACUAUCUUUAUUACUGAAGACUGAACCAUGCAGUCAGAUUUUAACGUCUGUUGCGCAUAUUUUGAACAUUAUCGAUACUUGCAAGGUCAACUAUGCCAAAGUACUAUUGUGACUACUGUGAUACCUACCUGACUCAUGAUUCUCCAUCCGUGAGAAAAACGCAUUGUGGUGGUAGAAAUCACAAGGAUAAUGUAAAGGAAUAUUAUCAAAAAUGGCUGGAAGAACAGGUCCAAAGAUUAGUAGAUCACACAUCUGAAGCAUACAAGCAGGGUAAAAUGCCUCCACCACUAUUUGGUGCUGCAGCGGGAAUACCACCUCCUGGGCUUGGUUAUCCCCCUCGUUAUCCUCCUAUGAUUGGUGUUCCAACUGGCUUCAGACCACCCCACCCACUAGUUCCUCCACAGGGCAUGAUGAUUCCACCCAGACCACAGAUUCCAUGGCCUCAGCCAGGAGUUGCAGUCCCUCCGACAUACACCGUACCACCACAGUGACAUGAUAAAAUAACGAUCGUUUUCAAUAUGUCACUAUGUACAACCAUUAUGUAAUCGCUUAAAAUUCGAUUGUUUAUUGAAAACUGUAUUUUUCUAACCAGAUUUUUUAAAAUGUAGAUUUUUCACCGUAUGAUACUAGAAGUACCGGGUUCUCUGUGAUUCGCAUUCGUCAAGGAAUCCUUUCUGUAUCCAUUCUAAAAAAAUUCGAUUUUCUGGGAAAAGAUGCAUCAUGUUACUGCGACUCAUCUGUUUAACAUUCGAGAGAGGGAACUUCCGUUAUUAUUUGAAAUUUAGACUUUUUUGCCCAUGAUAACAUGAAUUUUUGAACCCUUUCAUAUUUGUCUUAAGUUGUACACUAACGAGUUAUCACUUCAAACGUUUCCGAGGCAGCUGGGGUUAUACUUGACAUAUAAAGGUUACAUGUGUUCUGACGGCGAAAACAUGUGAGCUGACUCGAUUUCUUCUGAUUACUUCUACUAAUGAAUUUGUUACCAUGGGCUGGAUCACUGUCGGAUAAUAAAAUGUCCUAAAUUCUUUAGUUGGGCAAUUUAAGAUCGGAUUUUCAGUUCUAUCGUUCCCAUAUUUAUAUUUUCGAACAAAAAACUGAAUAACGUUUGAACAUUGUGUACCAUUUUAGGGACGGAUUUACUUCAUUCAUCUGUCAUGUAUGAAAUCUUGAAUAUCUAGAGUCGCAGUUAGCAGUAUUUGGACAAAAUCUACCUAUAUUACAGAUUAGUGGCUUGCAGUGAAUAAUUACUGUUCACCAUACUACGGGCUCCUGGAUAUUUUAUUGGUUAAACGCAAUGAGCUUCCUUAGUUAUAAAACCAUAUCUUUAUUUACACAGCAGUUUUAAAGCUUUGAGUGUGUGCAGUGGGUCGAAGUACUCAGGGAUUGUUCAUGGGUUAUGCUGGUGCUCAUGGUUGUCUGAAACUUCUGUUAUUAUAUUACUGACAUGAAAUAGACUGGUUUCUGAUUGGAGAAUAGGACUUUGAAGGAUGUAGCUGAUCUGAAGCAAGGGAUAAAGUAAGCUAACAUGAAUGAAUUUCAGGGGUUUAAGAUCAAAGACAGGUAGUUGACUAUUAAAAACGGACAUUCGUAUGUUACUAAUAUCCCAUCAAACGUGUCUUUGAAGCAUUGGUCGUGUACAUUGGAGUCGUUGAGUAAGCAAUCCCCAGGUUGGUAAUUAGGUAUUAGGUUAGAAUGGCAGACCGAUCGAUGCGGUAGUAAAUCUUAAUCAACUGAGAUGGUUAAGACAUGCGUUAUUUAUACCAAACAAGCACAUAUUUCGACGUGAGAUGUUGGCUGGUGUGGCGGUAGAUUGGAACAGAGCUAGGUGCGAGCAAACGAAAACAUGGCAUCAACCUAUGAAGUCAUUGACAGUUAGACUGAGACAUGUCAACAACCGUUAACUACCCGGUCGGUGUCCGCACGAUUACCAUAACCAUUGAUUACAGAUUUUGAGUGACAUGGCUCGAAAUCGUUUGCAGCCGAGGGGCUUCCAUACGUUUCACUAGUAAACUACUUGGGUAACAGCAUGGUAAACCUAUUCUCAUUAAUGUGUGUAAUAAUAAUAACUACCAUUUAUCGUUUAAAUUUUGUUUUACGACAGCCUUCUGCAAUCAUUAGUCUCUGUUCAGUAAUAGAUCUACCAAUCUAGCUUUCACACAAUCAAACGAAAACAAAUAAGUCUUCUACUGGUUAUAAUGAAACUUUCCUCAUCGAUCUUGACUCAUUUUGGGGUUUUAGAAAAGCUGCAGCACACAUCUCAUUGGGACUUUAAGCAUGGCUAGUUAUCACGUGAUUUAUUUGCCAGUCGAAAUAUGACAUUUAAUUUUAGUGCUGUGCUAAACCAAUGACGUUCGACCGGUAUCGAUUUGCCCUAUAUGCAAGAAAACCAUACUUCGAUCCAGAUAUAGAUAAAAGCUGCUUGCGGUCCGCUAGAAGGGUAAAUCGAUGAACAAAAAUCAUUUUAUGAGAUUUCUUUACUGCAAAAACUAAAGCUAGUCCUUCUUUCUUAAUCUGACUAUAUUCGCUCAGUUGGGUAAAGAGUUCGGAAUACAUAAGCAAUUGGCUUUUCUUUACCAUCAGGAAAACGAUGACUGAUAGCAGCUCUAACUCUACAGUUGGAAGCGUCUGCGGCCACAAUUAUUUUAAAUUCUGGAUUGUAAUGGGUCAGCAACAGUUUAGAAUAGAAAUUUUUUUAUUUCAUCGAGAGAAUUCCGGCAUUCCCUUGUCCAGUACCAUGUUGAUUUGAUGGGUGUCGCAAUAUAUACAUAUAGGGUACGAACAUGCUAUAUAUCUCAUCAUCUCCAAAAGUGAACGAAGGGUUUCAACAUCAGUCAGUCUAGGCAUGUUUUUGAUGGCAUUCAUAUUAUCUGGAUCUGGCCGGCGUCCAUCUUUAUUAAGUACAAUCCAAGGUGUUUAACAGACUCGAGCAGGAAUUCACUUUUCUAGUUUUAACUGAAAACCAGCUUGUGAUAUUUUAGUGAGCACAAAGUCUAACCGACCCAUUAGUUUCUGAGCAGAAAAACAAAUAACUAUAAUAUCAUUCAAGUAAACUCCUACACCUUCGAGGUUUGACAUAAUAGUAUCCAUUAUCUGGAGCUGGCUUUACGCCAAACUGUAAUCGGUUAAACUGAUGGAGUUCACGGUGGUUAUUAAUCGUUAGUAACUCCUUUGAAUACUUGUCAACUUCCACUUGUAAGUAGGCUUCAGAUAAACCAAGUUUAACAAAAUAACCACAGUUUAGUUUAACAAAUAAGUCCUCUGGAAAAGAUGGUGGAUAUAAAUGAUAUUGUAAAUAAUCAUUUAAUCCUGUUGAAAAAUCUACAUAAGGGCGAAUAACUCAGUUCGCUAUCUGAAAUACAAAUGGUGCUGCCCAUGCCAAAUAAUUAAUAGGUUGUAUGACAGCGAGCUUUUCUAGUCGGUUUAAUUCUUUGUCAAUAGCUACAUAUGGGACUUGACGUUUUGGACGAAAAACAAGUUCUACAUCCUGUCGUAAGUAUAAUUUUGCCUUCGAAUUGUCCAGCAUCCCAACUUAUUCUGGAGCAAGUUUUUAUUUAUCUGCAAAAGGAAUUAUAUUGUUGUGGCUGUCUUAGUUACAUGAACGAUGGGUAAAUCUCUAGGACUAUUUGAGCUUUACAUCGUACAUAUUUCGCUCAAUGGUAUAUCUCAUAGAUUUAGUUUGUUUAUUCAAUUUAUACCAAUAAGGCCCAAAUGAUGUCUGUUCGUUAAAUGACAAUUUCCUGUGAAGUAGUUAUCUCUGAAUUCAACAGAGUAUUUUGUUGUUCCAAUAAUCAUUAAUAUGUCUCCAGAUGAAUUCCGAGCUGUGUGCUCAGCUGUCAAUACUUGUGGACAGCCAAUUAAAUUCCAUGUCCGUUUAGAGAUUGGUGUGAUAUCUGAUGCUGUAUCCAAUUGCAAUCGAAUGUGAACACGAUUAAUUCCACAUGCCGUCGUUUAUCUGCCAUGCUUAGAGCCAAUGUAGCAUAUAUAUUGUGGUGAGGACGCUUCGUUGGCUUUGAUCUCAAACUUCCUCUGAUUCGGCAGACUUUAUUGCAUACAGUGCAUGUAUGAUUUCUAAACCGGAAAAAUUUUAAAAAGUGCCAUGUGCCACAACACCAGCAGUCAGUUGAAAGUUUAAGAAUUUUCGAGUGAUAUUCAUAACUUGGUACUAUUUUGUCUUCGAGCUAUCUUAACAACAUGAACAGAAUGAUUAGAUGGCACCCCACUUUUGGUUUCCAGCAUAGCUGGAUCCUGUUUUAUAUUUAUUAAUCGUUGGCAUUGAGCAGUAACAUUUUGUAGUGUUAUUUCAUUAUCAUGUCCCAUAUGGGAUAACAAACCCAUGUGAAAAUCAGCGUCGAUGGGAGAGUUCAGAUCAGAAAU